AGGCGAUAGACAAUGUGCCCAGCUUGUUGCUAUUAUCAGCUCGGAGAGAGCGCUUUUGUGCUGUGUACAAGGAGGAUAUCCCAGAUCGGAGCCGAUGGUUUUAGGGCCGAGACAACGGAGAUGCUAGCGGCUUGGCAAAGAAUUGGAGCGGAACAAGGAUGGAAGCUGCAGCAUCGUGAUCUCCGAUUGGUUAGAGCUCCCCGCUUGAGGUAAGUGGCCCAAGCUCCCAAGACGCUCACGGUGUUUGCCUGCUGCGGACUUCCUUGCAGUCAACAACGACAUCCAACCACAGUGCAAACAAAGCAACCAGACCAACAUAAGCCCAGACACACCAUUUUGAGCCUCAAAACAUCAAGUGAAGACAAAAUGGGUUUCUUCCGCAAGACCAAAGAUAUCAUCACCCUUUUCCACAAGGCUAGCUCGCCAGGCUCGAAACGAGUGGCUGCUUUGCUCAAGCAAGCCCAGGUCGAGGCAGCUGAAAAGGAUCUGAGGCCUGAGUUUGAUCUCGAGGUCACUGAGCAGCCUCCUACUCUCGAUCAAGUCAAGACCAUUCUCGACUAUGUCGGCCAACCCGGCAUUUCCUCGGUUAUCAAGGGCGCCACCAGUGAGAAUGAGGCGCUUCAGAAGUUCAAGCAGAGCGCUGACAGCUUCCAAAAACCUUUGGUUGUCGACUGGGCCAAUGGCAAGGCUCACGUAGGAGAAAACGAGUCUGAGAUCCUGAAGAUGCUCAACGCUCUCCCCAAGAAAUAG